AUGCAAACAAAAGAAGCUGAUUUUUUAUACUUAGUCCAAUAUGAAUAUAGUGAUCGUAUUCGAGAAGAUUGGUUUUUUGUGGAUAAUAUAACUUGUCGAACCGUUCAAGAACAAGAACAACGACUAGAAAGUGCAGCUAAGAGAACAAGAAAAGAAAACUCAAUGGUAAAGAAUACGGUAAAAAAAUUUAAAGCAGAACAUCAUGAAUUCAGUCCAAAUGGUUCUAAAAAGGAAUUAAUGCAAAAUGUUCACUGUGAUUUAGGUGAACAUAGCUUCGAAAUUCCUUUUUUCUAUCCUGAAACAGUUGAUGAUUUGAGAGAGCGACAAGAAAAGGAAAAAUUAAAAAAUUGUAUUUUUUGUGUUCCAGCUGUUCCCAAUAAUGGUGGUUGUGUGGUUCAAGGAAAUUUAACCUUAAUUUUUGUUGCAACUUGUACUCUAGACUAUUUUCUAUCAUUUAUUCGCCUUGCUUUUCUUAAAAAUAAUCAUCUACAAAAUUUUCUCAAAGCUUCAACACAAACAAAUAUUGUAGCUGAAACACUUCUUGAGAUGGAGCCUUCAUUGCUGGCAUUAGAUUGGAAUAUGGCACGCUUUAUUUGGGCAAAAAUGAUCGGUGUUGUUGAUCGAGCAUUGGAUGAGCAGCAUCGAAGUGCAGCGGUGUUUAAACAAUUAAAGAAUAAGAUGGAAAAUGAUCUUUAUGAAUGGCAAAUGGCUGAAAAUCGUUGCAUAGAGGAAAAGAUGAUAGCUGAUAUUUACGUGAAUUGUUUUGGUUCUGAAGAUGAGUUUUUUGCAAAUCACUUGGCUAAUCUCGUACAAAACGUGCUCAAUGGUCAACUACAGGAUCCAGUUGUUGCUCAAUAUGAUACUCGAUAUCCAGAAACUUGUGGUGUUGAAUUGAUGAAGUGGUCAACGAGUACACCAGUCCCGAAACAAGCUGAGCUGAAAUACGUGAAAAUAAUAAAGAUCAUGGAAGAUAAUAAUAAUUCAGAUGAAUCAGGUCUCUAUGUCGUCUGUGCUGGUCAACGUUCGUUUGGAACGCCAGCAUUUUUAUACAGUACAUAUCCACCGCUCUUAAUGAUUUCUAAUGUCGAUCCAGCCAUUACAACUUCUAAUGUUCCACAUCAUAUUUAUGUCAAAGAACAAAAGUAA